UCGACAAACGUGGGAAAACCCAUUGCCCUCUCUCUCUCUCUCUCUCUCUCUCUCUCCCUCUCGGUGGAUCGUGAGAAAGAUGUGGCUCCGGAUGGAUGGUAGUUUCCUUUGACGGCUGAACGACCAACCUUGGCUUCUCUCUCUGUCUUCAAUCUAUGGCGGAUGUUGUUCACCGAUCAGUCUUCUGCCUUCACUAUUCCCCUCUUGUGUUGCCUUUCCCCUCCGCUAGCUCCAGCAAGCUGUCGUUGCCCUCCAAGAUACUGAGCAGGAAUUUGCGUUUGGAGCACGAAGAAUCGAGCCAGAGAUUUCUGUGGGUGACCGAGUUUUCGAGUUUCUUAAGGAGUAGGAGUGCCUCUCACGUCAAGGCUCGUGACUCUGUUGCCGAGGGUGAUGAGCAGAAGUGGUGGGAGAAGAAUGCUGGUCCAAACAUGGUCGACAUUCACUCUGCUCAAGAGUUCCUUGAUGCAUUGCGAGAUGCCGGUGAUAGGCUUGUAAUUGUGGAAUUUUAUGGCACUUGGUGUGGCUCUUGCAGAGCACUUUUUCCCAAGCUAUGCAAGACUGCUGAAGAGCAUCCUGAAAUCCUUUUCUUGAAAGUGAACUUUGAUGCGAAUAAACCCAUGUGCAAGCGGCUGAAUGUUAGAGUGCUCCCAUAUUUUCAUUUCUAUCGGGGUACUGAUGGACAAUUGGAGUCCUUUUCUUGUUCACUAGUAAAGUUCCAGAAGAUAAAAGACUGCAUUGCAAUGCACAACACUGCUCGAUGUAGCAUCGGUCAGCCUACAGGCAUCGGCAACAUAGACCUUCUUGCAUCUCCAGAUGCAAAAGACAAGCCAGCAGAAGCCAACUCUCGGUAGCUGUUGUAGAGGUUACGCGGUUUGGUAUAUAUUUGAUCUGUAAUGUUUCCGUAUUUGGAAAGGUUUAUUUCUUCCAAUGUAACAUCCUCGUUAAAUAUGUUCUAUUUAAUGCAAAAUUGAAUGAAAAUCCUCUCCAUUGUUUCUGUUU